AGUCACAUUUCUGUACUCCAAACAGUACUACAAACAGUUCAACACAGAUCAUCUUAUACAAGAUAAAAAAAUACUUAAAAUAAUCAAAAUGUUCAAGUUGUUGGUGUUGUCUGUUCUCGUUGCCGUUGCCGCUGCUGCUCCAAGUGGUAUCCAUGGAUAUGCUGCUUUACCAUUGGCCUAUGAAUCCUAUCCAGAAUAUCAUGUGUCGAAAAUUGUGGAACAUGUGCCAACCGCUGUGAGCCACCAAAGCCGCGUUGACUACCACUCAAAACCAGUCAUCACCCCAAUCAUUGCUCCAGUAACAAAGGUCAUUCCACAACCAGCCUAUGCUGUGCACAGCGCUCCACUCGUACAUAGUGCUCCACUUGCAUACAGUGCUCCAAUCUACCAUGGAGCCGCUUACGGAUAUGGUUAUGAUGCACAUGCAUGGAAAUAAAUCCACUUCCCCUCAACUGAUCCAGCAGUCAAUUUAUCGAAAUUAUUAAGCACUCAAUAGUUCGUGUUUUGAACACCACCGUUUUUGCCACAAUCAACUCUAAAAUAGUUACACAUUUUCAGCUGAUAUGGAAAAUCGAUUCUACACAACAAAUUCACAUCUUCACUAAUUGACUGUGACCCGAUUUUCCAUCCAAUCACUCAAUACACAAAAGAAACACAACCUAUUUUUUAUGUACCACCGGAAAACUAUUUAAUUUAUACACAGUAAACGGCAACUGCAUUAUCUAUUGUUCUUAAGUUGAAAGAUUAGAUAGUGUGCAUUGAAUGAAAAUAAUUUAAUAAAGAAAAAAAA